CCUUGGACAGAGGUGAUCACGUACUGCUGGAGCUGGACUCCAACACAAAAAGGGAUUUGACUUUUGAGCUGCUGGCAGCGCAGGUGUAACUACCAGGGUAGGACUUCCUGGGGAAGCUGUGAACCCAGAGGAACAGGAUUCACUCUGAAGACUCAGAUCCCAUUGACAGGACCACUGACACAACCCACUGGCACCGGGAUUCACUGACACCAGGAGCCACUGACACCAGAUCCCACUGAUCGUACCAAUGGCCAUGUACCUGCAGACAGCUGUCUCCAAGCAGCAGGACACCACCUUCUCCAGCGAGGUCAUGGAGGAGUCUGAGGUUUGUUCUGUGCCUGGGGGGCUCGCCAGCAUCAGGGCACAAUUCGAGAACCAGGAAACUGCAACAUUGCACAACAUCUCCCAGUUCCACUUCCACCGCAGAGCUGUGCAGGAAGUUCAAUUGAACUCUGACGUGACAAUGAGGAGCAGUUCCAGGGAAGUCAUCCCAGCCUCUCAGCAGGAUAUUUUCCAUCAGGAUGAACAGGUCACACAUGAAGAAAACAGCUUUGCCUCCAGCUAUGAAAACAACCAUAAUGAUGAAAGAGAGGAGGAAGGUCCUAGACUUACAACCAAGGAAUUAAGAGAUCACUUUGAGAGAACCAUUGAAGAAGCUGCCCCAAGCAAGCCAAUGAAGAUUGGCCGAGCUGACAUCAAUAGGUCUCAGUGGGCCUCAAAUAUAUCACAAAAACAGGUCUCAUCAAGUGAGAUACAAAAUGUAUCAUCAAAUGCAAUACAGAAUUUCUCUUCAAGUGAGAUAAAUAAUGUCUCAUCAAGUGAUAUAUGGGAAGAUUCUGCUACUGAAGCGAUAGAGGACACAUCUGCUAUUGCAGUUGACUACGAGGACACAGAAUGUUUCCCUCCACCACCUCCAGAAGAUUUAGAGUACUUCCCACCUCCACCCCCAGACUUACUGCAGGUCCCAUCAGAAAGUCCAGAUAUGCCAGUAGAGUGCUACUUAUCACCUGAGCCCCCGGAAUCAGCUUACCCCUCUAAACGUCCACUCAGUAGACAGGAAUACUUCAGACAGAGAAACCAAAAUGAGUUGAAGCGCCUUUACAAGCAUAUCCAUCCUGAGGUUCGUAAAAACAUAGAGAUGUAUAGUGAUGCGGCUGAGUAUGAGAACACCCAACAAGAGAGUCAGGAGGAGUUCACAGGGGAGACCAGGUAUAUAUACGACGAUAAUGGUAGCAGCCCCAACGACUGCAUUAGCCCAGAAGAAGAAUACCUGGAAUGGGAUGAGAUCCUCAGAGGGGAGGUGCAGUCAAUGCGCUGGAUGUUUGAGAACAAACCUCUGGAUGCCAUCAAAGAUGAUGCCUCAAAUGAGGAUGGAGACCAAAACAUGGAACAGGAGAUGAUUGUUGGGAGUGAUGUAAGAAGCAAAGCUUGGAUGUUUGAGACCAAGCACAUGGAUGCAUUGGGAUCAGACAACAUAGCUUCAACUAAAUAUAGACACAAAUUCAAUAAGUUGGACAAAGGAGAUGUCCGUGCUGCAGCCUGGUUGUUUGAAAACCAGCCCAUGGAGACCCUGAACAAAAUGCAUGGCGAUGAAGAGCUAACCAAAGAGAUAGUGUUUACCCAGGAAGAUGGCAGCUCUACCAUACACAUGCUUGAAUUUCAGUACAUGGAAACUUUAGGUCAUACUGAGACCAUUGAUGACAGUCACCUCCUGAGUCUGAGAUCAGUGCUUGAGGAAAUAAAGGGAGAAGUGAAGACUAUCACAAGCACAUUUGAGUCUCAGUUUAUGUGCGUCCUCAUCGGACAGUCAGGCCAGAUGUUGGAGAUAACAUCUAUACGCAAAGUGGAGACUGAGAAGGGGGAAACUAAAACAUCAACCUGGCUUUUUGAAACCCAAGCCCUGGACAUGACUAAUAAACCCUCUGCCCCAGUGAAACUUGUGUGUAGCCUGUCCAUGGAAGACAACUAUAAAGAUGUUCACCGGGGUAGAUGGUUGUUUGAGACAAAGACUUUAGACUCCAUUAACAAAGAUGAAUGGGAAAGCUCAAUGCUGCAAAAGGAAGAGAUAAUCGGAGCUGAUGUUCGAAAACAUUGCUUAGCGUUUGAAACUCAGCCAAUGGAUUCCCUGAAAGAUGAUGCAAAUGCUGGACCCCGGACUAUCGGUGGUAAUGUUAGAUCUGCAAGACACUUCUUUGAGACUAGUCCCAAGGCAGCUUUGAAGGACCUCAAUGAGGUAGGGAGGCUCAAAAAGUUAGUGUCAACUGAAGAGAAGGGUGAUGUAAGACACCAAAAAUUGAUGUUUGAGAAUGAACGACUAGAGAACAUAAGAGACGAGAAGAAGGAGAUUAUUCGUACUGUGAACUUCGAAAAUCUCACUGAAGAUCAAGGUACAAGCUACAACGCAGAUGUCCAUAGGAAUUGCAUGGUAUUUGAGACUCAGGCAAUGGAUACUUUGAAAGAUGAUUCAAAUGCUAGAGCCUUGUCUAAGGCGGAAAUUGUCAGAGGUAAUGUCAGAUCAGCAAGACAUUACUUUGAAACCGCUCCAGCUGACAAUUCAAAAGACCUUGCUGAGGUUGGCAAACUACAAAAAAUGGUGAGACUUGAUGAAGAGAAGGGGGAUGUGAGACACCAGAAAUGGGUUUUCGAAAGUCAACCCCUGGAGCACAUUCAAGAGGAAAAGAAGGAAAUAAUUCGAACCGUUAACCUGGAGGAAAUCGAUAAAGUGGAUGUCUCAAACUACAAGCAAAUAUUUGAAACCACAGACUUAACCAGAUGGGAUGAAUCACAAAAGAUACUUGUGGAGGGUGUAACAUGUGGCUCUGUGAAAUCUAACAAACAUCUGUUUGAGUCUACACCAAUGUAUGCCAUGCAAGACAGCUCUGGCCAUUACCAUGAGGUAAAAACAGUGCAUCGGGAAGAGGUUGUCAAGGGAGACGUAACUAGCUGCAAAUGGAUGUUUGAAACAAGCCCCAUUGACCAGUCUGAUGAAAGUAUCACUAAUUAUCAAGUUAUUAAGGGAAUAUCCAAAGAAGAAGUUGAGUCUGGUGAUGUUAAAACUGCCAAGUGGCUGUUUGAAACACAGCCUCUUGAUGCAAUAAAAUACUUCAGCAAUAUUGAAGACGAGGAAACUACAACUAAGGAAGGUGUUGAGAUUAUAAAAGGUGAUGUUAAAACCGGUAGGUGGUUAUUUGAGACUGAACUAAUGAAUGUCCCAUAUGAGAAGGAUAUGUUGAAGAGUGAAAAUGAGAGUGAGGAGAUACGCAAAGGAGAUGUAAAAACCUGCACAUGGUUGUUUGAGACACAGGCACUUGACACUAUCCGAGAUGAAACAGAAACUGUUCUACAAACAUGCACUGUGAAUCAAGAAGAUGUCCAGGGCAAAGAUGUACGCAUGGCUCGUUUUCUAUUUGAGACAGAGAAUCUUGAAAACAUCACAGGGGAAGGUGAGAGCUUUAAGAGGGUUACUGAGAUAGACAUUCAGUCAGGAGAUGUCAAUAGUAUGAAGUAUAUCUUUGAGAAUCAGUCCUCUGAUAUCAUGACCUCAACAUCUGAGGAGUUCAUGCAAAGUCUCAAAACUACACAAUCAACUACACAAUCAGAGGACAUCCAGAAAGGAAAUGUGGUGAACUGCAAAUGGCUCUUUGAGAACCAAUCCAUAGAUGCCAUACGUCAUACCCAAGAAGAGGCUCUGGAGACCCGCACUGUGACUGAUGUACAAGGAGGUAAUGUGGACAAAGGUCGUUUCAUUUUUGAGACAUACUCCUUGGACAAAAUCCAGGAGGUUUCCUCAGAGAUAGAUAUUACAAAGUUGCAGAAAAUAACUUGUGAGGAGGAAGAGAAAGGGGAUGUGAGGAACUAUACCAUGAUGUUUGAAACUCAGCCUCUUUAUGCCAUUCAAGACAAAGACGGCCAUUAUCAUGAGGUCACCACUGUCACAAGCGAGGAGAUAUUGAAGGGUGAUGUGAUCGGGUCCCGGUGGUUGUUUGAAACCAAGCCUCUUGAUUCUAUCAGGGAUAGAGAUGAGGUCUAUAUCAUCAAAUCUGUCACACAGGAGGAUGUUAAGAAAGGAGAUGUUACUUCAGCCAAGUGGAGAUUUGAAACACAGCCACUUGAUAAGAUUGCAGAGGACAUAAAAAUGUCAGUUAAAACUGUUGAAGAUAUUCAAGGAGGAGAUGUUAGAAUGAAUAAACAGCGUUUUGAAUCUGAUGAGCUGUCACAGAAGUCUGUGCAAACAGUUAAUGUGAGUGAAAUCCAAAAAGGUGAUGUCAGGACAGCAAAAUGGAUGUUUGAAACUCAAACAAUGGAUAAAAUACAUAGCCAGAGCGAAGAGAAUUUAAUAGAAACAGUCAUGAAAGAGGAGGUGUUAAGGGGAGAUGUUAGACAAUCAGUGUGGCUCUUUGAACAGAAUCCCCUUGACCAUAUAAAGGAGAUAGAUGAGGAUGAUACAGUAGUUGUUCAAGAGGAAAUCCCCAAAGCCGAUGUAAAGAAAACAACAUGGCUGUUUGAAACAACUCCGUUCCAUGACUUUAAUGAGAACAGUGUUGAGAAGUCGGAAAUCCUGGGUAAAAGUAUCAAAGGAACCCUUGAGGAACUUUAUAGCCAGAAAAUUGUUAAUUCAAAAGGAAUACUCAUUGAAGCAGAUGAAAUUGGGGACGUUAGAAUGGCAAAAUACCAGCUAAUGAAUAAGGAUUCUCCAGAGAUCCAAAGAGAGGAAAUCAUCAGCGGGGAUCUGAGCAACAUUAUGAUGAAUCUUUUGAACUGUCGGGAAAGAAUUGAGAGGGGGGUAGUGAUAGAGUCAGAAGAGAAGGGUAAUAUCAGUACAACAGUGCAUCAACUGUUCAACCAAGAGAGGGACGUAAAUGUGGAAAAGGAGGAAAUAGUAAGAGGUGACAUCCAGGAAGCUGUAAACAAUCUUCUCAAGGAGGGAGGAUCUGCUAAACGUGGUAUACUCCUUCAAGAGGAUGAGAAGGGAGAUGUGCGAAUGACUAUAUAUUCUCUUCUAAAUAAAGAAGAGGACAUCGAUGUUGAAAAGGAGGAUAUAAUCAAAGGCAAUAUAAGGAAUGCACUCCAAAGACUAUCCAACCCAGAAAACCAGGAGCAGACGAGGAUAAAGGUGGAUGAGAAAGAAAAGGGAAACGUGAACUUUUACUCCACCUGCAUUGAAUCUGGGGCGCUUGACUAUCUCAAACAACUCCAGGUAGAGCCAGAUGAGACACCACCUGAAAAGGUAGAGAAAGAGGAGAUUAUUAGAGGAGAUAUAAAGGGGACAAAACUCAUUCUUGACAGUAAUCGAGCACAAAUUGAACGUACAGUAGAUGAAGAGGACAUAGUGCGCGGAGAUGUUCACAACUCAGUCAAGGUUUUCAUGACUGAACCCACACUCUCACUGGAUGGCCUACAGAAAGAGGAAAUUGUGAGGGGUGAUUUGAAAGCAGCUAUGAACUCGCUGUCUCAGUCUGUAAAUCAGACAGUGGUUGUAGAGAAAGAGGAGGUGGUAAGAGGUAACAUACACAAAGCCCGAAGGCACCUUGAAUUGGCCCAAAGACGGCCCAAGGAGGUGGAAAAGCCAGAGAUUGUCCGCGGCAACAUCAAAGGGGCACUGAGGUCCCUAGAGAAAUCUGCAACCUCCAAAAUUGAAGUUGCCAUCGAAGAUUUUGUACCUGGAGACAUCAAAGGGACCUUAAAAUCCCUGGAGCAGGCAAAGCAAACAGUCAGGGAGAUCGAGAAGGAAGAGAUUGUAAAGGGUAACAUUCAUACAGCCAAGCAGUGUUUACAAUAUGCUUCUAAUAACAGGAGGACAGGCCAACAGGAAAUUGAUGUUCAGGGAAAUGUGAGAGGCACUAUUGAGCUCUUAUUGGAACCACCAGCUUCUCCAAGAAUGACACGGAGACCCAGCUUCGAGGGUGAUGUGAAAAUGUCCAUUAAGUCACUCUACGAGACACAUGAGGUGCAUGAGACGGGGGAGGAACAAACUCAACCAGAGAAAGAGGAGGUGAUAAAGGGUGACGUUAAAGGCACAAUCAAAUCCUUGCUGGAAUCAGCACAGCGUGCAGCUCCUAAAAUCAGAGUGGGAGCUAGAAGGGUCAAAGUUCCUGUGGGAUCUCCAUUGCGCUCACAGCAAGGAAGCCCUCUAUUACGUUCACAGCAAGGUAGCCCUGAUUGUUCUGUUAUAAACAAAACUGAGAGUGAGACACUUAAAAAUAGGUCUAAAAGCAAUGAAGCACAAAGAAACUUACAAAAAAUAAAGACGGCUAAUUCAGUCAAAACUGAGAGCUCAACACAAGAGAAUCAAUCCCUCUCAACUCAAACCACAAUGAAUACAUCUGAAUCACAGACUACUCAACAAUCAACAAAAGUAAUGCAACACACAACCAUCACUCAAAACCAUGGUAUUAAAACUUUGGAGACUAAGUUCCGUAACCUCAAUUCAAGUAGAAAGGGUAUGAUCAGACUAGAUAAAACCAAAGUGAAAACAAAUGUUCUUACCCCAACACGGACAUUGUCUGAGUCUGAACUUUCUCUUCCUCCCCCACCUCCACCAUGUGAUGAUCAAUCAUCCCUAACCCCAGCCUCCUCUAUCAAUAGGCUGGACUUGGACCUUCCGCCUCCCCCAACUCCUACUCCCCCACCACCUGUUGACUCUGAGCCUGAUCAUUUCCCUCCUCCUCCACCAUUACAGGAUUUCCUUCCACCCCCACCCUCACAGCAUGAACUGGACUCUAUGUCAUCCCAGACACCUCAUCAAUCACUAGCAAAAGCCACAAAAGUUACUGUCAAAAAGGUGAAAGGUCCUGCAUUGCACCAAGUGUCAAAACUUGAGCCAACCGGUCAGAUUCAGAAAAUUCAACAGGCAACCUCAGAGAAACAUACAACCAUAGCCAACAAAUCUGUGGUGGAAAUCAGCAAAACUCAAAUCGAAUCAACAUCAUUUUCAUCAAAAACAGUUUCAUCUGAAAUCCCAAAACCACCAGAAUCACCACGACCAUUAAAGAAGGUUUAUGUCGCCCCUAUAAGAUUUACUCCUCCACCCUCUCCUCCUCCCUUCAUGAAAUCCACUAGAUUCAAAACUCCAUUAAUAAAGGCAGAGGAAAAAUACAGAAAACAGAAAGUGGGUAGUACACCCCCUGCUACACCGAGUCCCAUUUUCAUGCAUGAGUCAGUCACUGUUGCCCUUGAAAUGCUCUCCUCUGAGGAGACCAGUAUGGAGCAAUCAAACAAGAGCAUGUUUGGUUUCACUCAAGAGAAUGCUGAAAAGACUGUGACCAAUGUCAAGGUAGACACACAGUCAUCUGAUUUUUCCAAGCAUGCCCAAAUCUCAGAUACUCCUUUAAGCACGACUUUGAUAUCUGCUGUGAAUGGGCAAAAUCUCCCUGAAUCUGCUGUUAUUUCUGCAACUAAACACCAUAUUGUCUCUAAUGAGACAUCCAAAGUCUCCUCCGUUCAGCACCAGACCACAUCUAUUUCCUCCACAAAGCAACAGACAGUUACUGCAACUAAACAACAGGUAACGUCAGCAUCCACCGAGCAGUCACACUCUGCUGUAAGUAGCUCUCAAGUCCAGAUCUCGACCAGUGAUGCUAAAAAGGUUGAAAAUACAAAAAGAGAUGUCAGGAAAGAUGUAAAAAACCUCAAAACCAACUCUCAAGUCCAGAUCUCAACCAGUGAUGCUAAAAAGGUUGAAAAUACAAAACAAAAUGUAAAAAACCUAAAAACCAACUCUCAAGUCCAGAUCUCAACCAGUGAUCCUAAAAAGGUUGAAAAUACAAAAAGAGAUGUCAGGAAAGAUGUAAAAAACCUAAAAACCAACUCUCAAGUCCAGAUCUCAACCAGUGAUGCUAAAAAGGUUGAAAAUACAAAACAAAAUGUAAAAAACCUAAAAACCAACUCUCAAGUCCAGAUCUCAACCAGUGAUCCUAAAAAGGUUGAAAAUACAAAAAGAGAUGUCAGGAAAGAUGUAAAAAACCUCAAAACCAACUCUCUAGUCCAGAUCUCAACCAGUGAUGCUAAAAAGGUUGAAAAUACAAAACAAAAUGUAAAAAACCUAAAAACCAACUCUCAAGUCCAGAUCUCAACCAGUGAUCCUAAAAAGGUAGAAGAUACAAAAACAGACGCCAAGAAAGAUGUCAAAAAUCUAAAAACUAAAGAUUCCCAUAAAUCUGAGGACAAGAAGAACAAGGAUAAUUCUGCAUCCCAUGGACCCGAAAAGGUUUCUGACCAGCCUACCAAAACAGAAAAGGUAACCCAAGAAACAAUUGUCAAAGCAGCCAAAUCACCCUCGGAAGACAAAAAAAGUGAUAAUUCUGUAUCACAAGCACCUGAGAAAGUUCCUAGUCAGUCUAUCAAAGUAGAAAAGGUAACCUCAGAAACUAAUGUCAAAACAGGCAAAAAGAAGGCCAAAGGGCAAGAAAAGCAAGUAGAAGUAAAAGACACGAAACAACCAGAUGAAACUAAGAAGGAAAACAUUUCACAGGUGAAGGAUGUAAAGGUGGAAGUGAAGAUGGAAGUGAAGGAUGUCACUAAGGUGAAGGUUUCUAGUGAGCAAACACAUCAUGAGACUGAGGACAAGGUCAAGGAGGACAGUCAGAAAGCUCUUGCUGUUAAUGACAACCAACCAGCAACUCCAACUCCCGCAAGAAAGAAGAAGAAGAAGAAGAAGAAGAAGAAGAGCUCAAAAGCUAAAGAUGCGGCUGCCUCUGCAGAAUCAACUAAAUCUGUUUCUGAAAGUUCCACUCAAAGUCAGGAGAUCACUGUAGUGCAGACACACAAAGCCCAUCAAGAGGAGCACAUUCAGGUACAUAAGGAAGUGAUUAUCACUGAAAGCAAAGUUCAUCAAAGUAUCCAGGAACAAGAAACAGUUAAAGUAAAAAAACAAGUCAAGGCAUGUCAAAAGAAGAAAGAGGUGACAGCAAACCAUCAGAUUCAAGAGAAACCAAAGGAGGAAUACAGAAAUGUUCCAGUGAAAGUGGAAAGUGAAAAAAUUACGAGCCAGUCAGCACAAAAGGAACAGUGCUCAACAGGGAGCACUGAGGAUUCUCAAAGACGUGAACAUGUCCAGAAGUUAAUCUCACAUAUAACAGAGUUAGAGGGAGCUUCAGGACAAAUGGAUUCUAAAUCUGUGAAAACAUUGCUCAAUACUAUUCCAGAGUGGCUCAUUGGUUCAGAGGAAAAUAUUUAUUUGGAGGGAACUGCAGUUGAACAUAAUAUACAAAAGCUUACAGAAAUUGUUUCAUAUGUGAAAAUACUAGCAAACGCAAAGCUGUUGUGUUUAGAGGGCACCCACACUACUCUGGAGAAGCAUGAGAGUGAACCUACUUCUGAAAAGAUCAUUGUUGGUGGUGCAACAAAAAAAAUACGUAAGAUAAGUAUUAGCUCUUCGAAAGUUGAAAGUCAAAAGAAAGUUGUGGAAAGCAAAAAGACAUCACAUGAAAGCAAAAAGCAAGAGUUGAGUGCAAAAUCUAUUGAUCAUAGAGCACCGUCACCCUUACUACAGAUGCGCUCACCCUCACCCAACUUUAUUACCAUUGAAACUACCCAGAGAACGGACUCACCUCGGAGAAUAACCCCAUCACCUAUCCCAAUGCACAGACCAGCCACUCUCCCAACACCUCCCCCUCGCAUAUUGGAACCUCCUACAUCACGCAUCAAUAGGGCCACACCCUCUCCCACUUUUUCUAGAGCAGAGAACUUGGCACGGAUAAAAGAUACUACAGCCCAGCUUUCCCGUGGAGUGACGGCACCUCCAGUUCCUCUUCCUAUGCAAGUCACAGAAAAUACAUCUGAGAUUGUGGAAUCCCCCGCAUCAUUCCAUCAGCAGAUCAAAAUUGAGGAACAGGCUGAGGAAACUUCAGAAGUGUUAGCCAAGACAAUUGUCACUGCCAAAAAACACAAAGACAAAAAACAAAAAAAAGAAUUAUCUGAAGAGGCUCAAAAGGCUGAUGUGAAGGUCACAGGUGGAAGAUCAUUCCAUCAAAUGGAUAAAGAAGACAUGGAAGCUUCAGAAAUCUCAGAGUAUUUAAUGGUGACUACAUCAGUGAGAGACAAGAGGGAGUUUUUUGAAGAAGCUCAAAAAGCUGCAGAAAAUAAGACUUAUGUGCGAAAGGAUCCCGUUGACAUCCCGGAGCACUUGGGCCAAGACAUGGAGGAGCCCAAAACAACAAACCAAGAGAGUAAGGAUGAAACACAAAGCACAUCUGAGAAGGUCACAGAGAACAGCACUGAAGUAGUGGGAUCUACAGAGUCAACUGAUAAAGAAUUGAUGGAAGCUUCAGAAAUGUCAGAGUCAUCAAUAGUGACUAGAUCAGUGAGCGACAAGAGAGAGUUUUUUGAAGAGGCACAAAAAGCUGAAAUAAAUAAGACUUAUGUACGAAAAUACCCUAUUGAUAUCCUAGAGCACUUAGGUCCAGCCAUUAUGGAGCCCGAAACAGAAAACCAAGAGAGGAAGGAAGAUGUACAAAACACAACUGAGCAAAUCACAGAGAAAAUCUCUGAAGAAGUGGGAUUUAUGUGGGAAGACCGGUGGGAGUCAGCUGCCAUAGAGGCUAUGGAAACUUCUGAAUUGUCAGACUCAUCAGCAGUGACAUCAGUGAGAGACAAGAGAGAGUUUUUUGAAGAGACUCAUAAAGCUAAAGUAAAUAAGACGUAUGUGCGAAAGGAUCCCAUUGAUACCCCUGAGCGCUUGGGUCCAGACAUGGAGGAGCUCGAACCAGAAAACCAAGAGAAUGAGAAAGAGAACCUUCCAAAGGUUGACUUGUCUGGAUUAGUCAACAAAUUUGAAACACCAGAAGAGAAAGUUUAUGUCAGAAAGCCUAUCACAAUGAGAGAAAGAUGUGGGAGUGAGAUGGAAUACACAGAGUCUGACAUAGAAAAUACAGAAACUCAAGAGGAGGAAAUGCCUACUUUUGACAUCAAGGCUAUUAAAAAUGUUUUUGAAAUGAGUGAGCAAAGUCCAUCUUUCAAAGAAGAGAAAAAUCAACUGGAUGAGCUGGAGUCAAACCUGAGUGAAAACACAACAGACAGUUCAAAACAGGAUAACACCCAGGAGACACAGAGGGGCUCCGGGCAGAUCUCGCCCAUGCCUUCCCAGAAAAAAUUGCAACACAUGUCAGUAGACCCAACAGACUUUUCUGAAACCAAGUCAGUCACACAGCAUUUCUCGAGCUUCGAUGAAUUCGUCAACAAGACAAUUGGAUCACUGAGCAGCACAACUGUGUCCCAGCACUCAAAGAGCGUAACAACCCACCGUGCCCCCUUCUCAAAUGCUGACAUGGUAAAAAAAAAGGUUUCUCAGGUGACGCUGUCUGAAACCCCUGAUGAGGCUUUCCACAAAACAUGGCCGGAGAGUGAGAGUGUUUUCAAGAGUCUCGGCUACAGUGUCUCGGAGGAGAGAACAUCACAUGUUGUGUCACAUCAAACGAAGACUGUUGUUACUGACUCAAGUUCCCAAGUCGGAGCUUUGCACUGUAUGUCGGAGGAGGGUCUAUCCGAUGGAGGCUCUAAUAGCGGACAGAAAAAAAUUCCAUAAAUCUUGUUUCUGCUGCGAGCACUGCAGAAAUAAAUUAAGCCUUGGCAACUAUGUCUCUCUCCAUGGACAUUUGUACUGUUUACCCCACUACAAACAACUAUUCAAGUCCAAAGGGAACUACGAUAAUGGAU